CGACGAAGGGUGGUAGCUCCUCGUUCUCUCCUUGAGCUGCAACAACUACGGGCGUUGAGCAGGGGUGCCCUCUCUUCUCUUCCUGGUUUCGUGCUUUUCCCAUUGCGCGCCCUUCCUUCGAGCCUUUCUUAAGGCAUGGAUCAGGUUUUCUCUAUUGAUACAGGUCGAGGUCAACAAGGAGAGAAGAAGAGAAAAAACAUGUGCAGUGCAAGUGUGUCGCCAAAGCUUAUGUCCUUCUAUUUAUUAGAAAAUAUUACAAAUGGUUUCUCUGAGGACAGGAAGCUUGGUGCUGGUUCGUAUGGAAAAGUUUACAUGGGAGAGUAUGAGGAUGGGGAAGCAAUUGCUGUGAAGUUGCUCCAUUACACCCCAGGACUUGAUGAUGAGCAAUUUGAGAAGGAGUAUCGCAACCUUGCAAGCCUCCAACACAAUAAUAUUGUGCGGUUACUUGGCUAUGCUCAUGAAACUCAGCGAGAAUGCUUACCGUAUAAUGGAAAAAUGGUUUUUGCGGAGAUGACAAAAAGAGCGCUUUGCUUCGAGUAUAUGCCUAAUGGAAGCCUUGACAAAUUCCUUUCUGAUGAAUCUAGUGGACUCGAUUGGUGCACACGCUAUUCCAUAAUUAAGGGGAUCUGUGAGGGUAUACAAUACCUUCACGGCGAACUGGAUUCUCCUAUGUAUCAUUUGGAUUUGAAACCAGCCAAUGUAUUGCUGGAUGAGAACAUGGUUCCGAAAGUAGCAGAUUUUGGCUUGUCAAGACUCUUUGGUGGAGAACUAACACAAAUGACAAAAAGUGCUAUAGGAACACCUGGAUAUGUACCACCGGAAUACAUAGACGCGGCUAUAAUUUCAAUUAAGUUUGACAUAUUCAGUUUAGGUGUCGUAAUCAUAAAGAUAAUGACUGGACCAACAGGCUACUUCAGAACUGCCGAAAUGUCUUGCGAACAAUUCAUCGAGCUUGUACAUGAGAACUGGAACAAUAGGCUACAUACAACAUCAUUAUAUAAAUCAUAUUCAGAACAAGCAAAGCGAUGCAUUGAAAUAGCUUUACGUUGCGUGGACGCUGAUAGACACAAAAGGCCGAGUAUGGGGGUAAUCAUGGAUCAGCUGAAUGAGACGGAGACUGCGAUACAACUUCUUGAGGUGUCAUGGAAUGACACAGGGUCGUACGAGAUGUGCCAUUGCAUUUCAACUGAGUGUGAGUUGAUGGAUAUCUCGCUAAAGAAAUGUGUGUCCCACCCAAUGCACGUAACUGAUAAUAGAGGUGAGGUGCAUGAGGUAACAGUGACUACCGCUUAUGACCCAGCAAGCGAGACUGAAACCUUUGAGCCGAUCCGACCGAGAAUAAAGAUGAUCGACAUGCGCUGGCAUAAGAGUGGAUUUAUUAAUGUAAUGGAUGUGCAUCCAGCAAAGCCUUGGAUUUUGCUAGGUCAUAUAUCCGGAAAGGUCUCCCUUUGGAACCAUCGGACUCAGGAAAACGUGAUGAAAUGGGACGCCAGUGAAGAUGGAAAUAAAGGUUAUCCGAUUAGUGCAGUUAAAUUUAUCGCACGGAUGAAUUGGUUUGUGAUCGGUACUGCCAUUAUUGGGCUCAUCCAGGUGUAUUCAUGUAAUAAAGUACUGGGCAUACUGAAUCAAUUCACAGCCGGUUACGGCAGGGUCAAUUCACUGGCGGUUCACCCGAGCCAGCCAUUGGUGCUGUCAGCGUGUGGCCGGCAGAUCAAACUAUGGAACUGGGAGGCUGGCUGGGCAUGCAUUAGGACAUUCGCGGAAGCACAUUCGGGUGACGUGCUGCACCAGUACAUUGGGGCCGAGUUUAAUCCGCAGGGUACGGGCGACACAUUUGCUAGUGCUUCCUGGGACGGAACAGUACAGAUCUGGAGCAUCUAUUCUGACACGCCUAUCUCGACGUUGAAAUCUGAUUAUAAGCAAAGACUACUGCAAAGUGUUGAUUAUUUUAUUGCUCGUGGUGAUCGGCAGUACAUUGUUGCAGGGUAUUGGGACGGGACCGCACAUAUCUGGGAUUUGCAGUCAAACAAAUGUAUUCGACGAAUCAAGGGACUCCAAACCUGGGAUAACAAUAUUGCUGUUGCUGUUGUCGGCCGGCCGCAGGGUCAUCAGAUUUUGGUUACAGUUUCGAAAGACAAUGUUGUUUCUUUCUGUGACUCCACUACCCACAGGUAUGAGAACAAGGUUCACUUUACCAACAAACCCAUUCGGCGUUUUGGAUACAUUAAUAGCACUAAAAGUCUCGUUAUUGGAUAUAUUGAUGGACUCGCAAUCAUCGAAACAAUGAAAUAGUUUCCACGAAGAUGCUGCUUCGAACAAGGAAAACCGCCCAGGAAGACAAAUACUGAAUGGUAUAUGAGCAGAAAUGGUGUUUUUUUUUCCUUUUGCCGGGAAGUAGGAAUGGGCUGUUUGAACGGUGCCAAUGGAAAUUUUCCCGGUGAACGUUUUUCAUGCUGUAUUUUUUAUGUUAACUUAGUACAAUUCAAUGUACGAUGCUAUCCUCUGCCGUUUUGGUACAGAGAUUAUGCUGUAUUUACUCCCGUGUGCUCCAUUUUGUAUC